CACAACGUGACUUCACAGACGCCAUGUUGAUUGCCCAGAAAGAGGCAGAGGAGGAAGAGGAUCCAGGAACUACUUGCACAGUUUACAAACACGCAUCUCGGCCAGACAGUAUUGGAUGUUUUCGGAGCGGGAUUGGACACGUCACGACAGACUCUGUAUUGACACUCCUGUACCUUGCAGCCUACCCGGAAGUACAAGCGAAACUCCAUGCGGAAGUUGACAGGGUGUUGGGUGAGCGGCGAGUGCCGAUGCUGUCCGAACGACACAAGCUGCCGUACACCGAAGCCGUGCUCUAUGAGAGUAUGCGGAAAGGGGCAGUGGCGCCUCUGGGUCUCCCCCACUCAACCACUUGUGAUACAACUGUCGCUGGCUACGAGAUUCCAAAAGGGACGAUCGUGCUGGCCAACAUCUUCGCUAUCCACCAUGAUCCAAGACACUGGAAGGAACCGGAAGUGUUUAAUCCCGAACGUUUCUUGACGAUUCCGGAAGGUUUGCACCGACGUCUGAAAGUUGGAUGCCUUUCUCUGUCGGCAAGAGGGCGUGUAUGGCGGAAGCGUUGGCCAAACCGGAACUGCAUGUUGUCUUGGCCUCGUUCAUGAGGUGUUUUGAGAUUCGACUGCCUGGCGGAGUGACUCCUGACCUUGAACCGGAAGGUGGAAGCAUCAACUUCGUGCCUAAGCCCUAUCAGGUUGUCGUCAAAAACAGAUUUGCAUGAGAUGGGAAGAUGUGACAAUCCAGGCGAUGUCCACGUGUACUUGGAGGACCAAUUAUUCACGAAAUUGACUGAAUUAUACCUCUAGUAUAUACUCUCAGCUAAACUGGUAGAAAGUAAUGCUAGACUCUAUUGUUGACUUAAACAUUUUUCUUAACAUCCUUAUCCGUCUGUAAAUACAUAAAAUGUAUGCUUUGCCAUA